CAUUGUUUCACAAAUACCCCAAAAAUAAUUAUAAAUAAUAAAAAUGGAGCACCUAUUUAUUACUCUUCUCAUCCUCUUAGUUUGCUUCAUCACCUUUUUUCUCUUCAUCAUAUUUUAUAAGCACAAAUCACAAUACAAGUACCCGAAUCUUCCUCCAGGAAACUGGGGACUUCCUUACGUUGGCGAAAGCCUCGAGUUCUUGUCUUCGGGAUGGAAAGGCCAUCCUGAGAAGUUUGUUUUGGACAGAUGUUGUAAAUAUUCUUCUGAGGUUUUUAAAACUAAUCUUCUCGGACAGCCUGCGGCGGUUUUAUGCGGUUCUUCUGGUAAUAAGUUCUUGUUUUCUAAUGAAAAUAAGCUUGUUCAGGCAUGGUGGCCGGAAUCGGUUGAUAAGAUUUUUCCUUCUUCUCUUCAAAGUUCUUCCAAGGAAGAAGCUGUUAUUCUGAGAAAGCUUCUUCCUCAGUUUCUUAAACCUGAGGCUCUUCAUCGAUAUAUUGGUAUAAUGGACAGUAUUGCUGAAAGCCACUUCAGUUCAGAAUGGGAAAACAAAAAAGAAGUCAUCGUCUUCCCUCUAGCAAAGAAGUACACCUUCUGGUUAGCAUGCAGGCUAUUCUUAAGCUUAGAAAACCCGAUCCAUAUCGCAAAAUUAGCAGAACCAUUUCAGGUAAUAGCUUCAGGAAUCAUUUCUAUCCCAAUAGACUUACCUGGAACACCCUACAGAAAAGCCAUUAAAGCUUCAAAGUUUGUAAGAAGAGAGCUGGUGAGUAUUAUAAAGCAACGAAAGACCGAAAUGGCGUCAGGGAAUGCGAGUAAUACGCAGGAUAUAUUAUCACAUAUGUUGAUAAGUUGUGAUGAGAACGGCAAGUUUAUGAAUGAAUUGGAUAUUGCUGAUAAGAUUCUUGGGCUGUUGAUCGGCGGACAUGAUACUGCUAGUGCUGCAUGCACUUUUGUUGUCAAUUAUCUUGCUCAGCUCCCUCAUAUUUACGACGCGGUUUAUAAAGAGCAAAUGGAGAUAGCAAAAUCAAAGGGAAAAGGAGAGUUGGUGAACUGGGAAGACAUAAAAAAGAUGAAGUAUUCAUGGAAUGUGGCAUGUGAAGUGAUGAGAAUUGCACCACCUCUUCAAGGUGCUUUCAGGGAAGCUAUCACUGAUUUUACCUUCAAUGGUUUCUAUAUUCCAAAAGGAUGGAAGCUAUAUUGGAGUGCAAACUCAACACACAAAAAUGCAAAAUACUUUGAAGAACCAGAAAGAUUUGAUCCAACUAGAUUCGAAGGGAAAGGACCAGCUCCGUACACAUAUGUACCGUUCGGAGGAGGACCAAGAAUGUGCCCCGGAAAAGAGUAUGCUCGACUGGAAAUUCUGGUGUUCAUGCACAAUCUCAUCAAAAGAUUUAAUUUCCAGAAGAUCAUUCCCGACGAGAAAAUGAUUGUUGAUCCUCUGCCUAUUCCUGCUCAGGGUCUUCCGAUUCGCCUUUUUCCUCAUCACUCUCCAUAAUUCAACCAAGGAAUAAGCCUUUUCCAUCUCACUUUGUCUUUGUGACCUUGCAAUAUUUUUGAUCAUUUUUUAUGUGUGACAAAAUUAAAUGUAUUGUAUUUUAUUGAUGUGGUAUUGAUAUUAUUUUAAGAUUGAA